AGCGGCGUGUUCGAGGCUAGCGUCGAGCUCCUUCCCCCGUCGAGCCAAUGGAAGCCGCUGGACGGUGCUCGCUAACCGGAAAGGAGAGCUCCGCCCGGAGACGAUUGGAAUCCAUUGCUCGUCACCUCCUCCCUCCCGAAAUCCUUGUCCGAGACCUCUAUGCGAAUCCACUCAGCGCGGAGGAACUGAGCUCUUGGGAUGCAGCUCCUGUGAUUAUUGGGGGGAUGGUGUUGGACAUCCAUGCCAAGCCUUCUGCUCAUCCGAUUCCUGGCACCACCACUCCCGGCAAGGUUCAGUAUGUAAGUGGAGGAGUAGCAAGGAAUGUCGCUGAAUGCAUGUCUAAGCUUGGAAAUAAACCUUUCAUGAUUAGUGUUGUAGGACAUGACGUGGCAGGAGAUCUAUUAUUGAAGUACUGGAAAUCUGCAGGACUUCCUACAAAAGGAAUACUGAAGUUGGAAGGUAUUACAACUCCUGUUGUAUCAAAUAUAUUUGACUCAAGCGGAGAGUUGGCUAUGGCUGUUGCAAGCGUCGAGGCUGUCGAAACAUUUCUGACUCCAGGUUGGAUACAGCGAUUCUGGCAUAAUAUAUGCUCUGCACCAUUGUUGAUGGUUGAUGCUAAUUUGAACUCCCGAUCUCUUGAAGUUGCUUGUCAAAUAGCAGCAGGAUCUGGCAUCCCUGUGUGGUUUGAGCCUGUCUCAGUGACAAAGUCUAGAAGAAUUGCAUCUGUUGUAAAUUAUAUAACAUGUGCUUCCCCUAAUGAAAAUGAACUUGUUGCUAUGGCCAAUGCUUUAUCACCAGGGAUAGAAUUUAGUUAUAUUCAGCAUCAAGCUUCAAAAGGGAAAGGGCAUUCUGCGGACUCUUUGUUUGAAAUGCUAAAACCAGCAAUGUGCUUGUUGCUCCAGAAGGGUGUUAAGCUGCUAGUUGUGACACUUGGUUCAGAUGGUCUAUUCUUGUGUUGUAGAGAAGGGCUAAGCUUCAUGAAAGAUGAUUUGAGGAGCAGAAGGGUUGGCAGUUUUGGAAGACAGCUAUAUGAUCUUGUAAAUGAAAGUUGCUCUUCAAUGAAACACGUUAAUUUUAUCAAGUCUGGAGAGAGAUCAUCAAAAUUUUUUGCUUUCCAUUAUCCUGCACUUCCUGCAUCAGUGGUGAGCCUUACAGGAGCAGGUGACUGCUUAGUUGGUGGAAUUCUUGCAUCCAUUUGCAAUGGUUUGGAUGUGAUGCAAAGUGUUGCUGUGGGUACAGCUGUUGCAAAAGCUGCAGUGGAGACUCAAACAAAUGUUCCUGCUAAAUUUUCUCCCAGAAUGGUUGCAGAUGCAGCAAAGCAAAUUUUGUCAGCUGCCAAAGUAUUCCAGCUUGAAUAGAAAUGUGGGGUUUGUGUUGUUUGACCAUUGGUAGCAUUGUGCCCGGGUUCACAUGUUGUGAUGCUUCUUGUUUCUUCUAUGUAUUCAUUUCAGUUUGCAAAAGAAGAUUCACCUAAAUGCUAGAGGUCCUAAGAUUUGACAAGCUAUAAAUCUCUCAGUCUUGUUGAUUUUCUUUCUAUUAUGUAUCAUUUAAUGACAUUUUAAGUGUAUUAUUUAUAGCCUAUUAGGGUUGGCAAUGUUUAGCCUGUUUAACUUGAUCUAAUUUUUUGUAAACUGGAUUAAGUUAUUUGUUUCAUAAAAAUAUUUAGUUCGGGUUUGAA